GCAGUGUCCAGAGAUUCCCAUUGCCCACCACCCCCACGCCAUCCGCAACCUUCAGAAUGCCCUCUACCUCUCAAACCGAACUUAACUCCUCUAGUCACCUAAGCCCGUUGCCAUCGCUCUUGCCUUUCCUCCCCCACUCCCACCCCCCAGGCAGUGUCGAGAGGCUGUGUCCAGAGGUCUCCAUUGCCCGCCACCCCCAUGCCAUCCGCAACUGCAAGGGACCGAAGCUACACAGCCGUUCGGGCAGCCCGGGCAGCCAUGAAUGGGCGCCUGCCACGCCCUCCGACAUCCUCCCGGUCAUCGAAAGUUUUCAUCUGCCCGAUCGUCUGCGCCCCCGUGUGCCGCACGAGGCGAGAUUUGACGUGGAGAGGAUCCCAGCUGUGAGCUUUCAGGUGACUUGUAAGUCAUCCCACCCCUCCCGGUCCCCCUGCAUGCUGGGCGAGGGUGGGUCUCCCAGCGGCAUGGCCCCCUUCUUCGCGCAUUUGCAUGCGACCAUCCCUUCCUGCACGCUUCCCCACUCGCUGCUCUCUGUAGAGCACCUUGCAUGCAUGAUGCAUGAACCAUUGCGACACGCACCCUACCCACAAGUCCGCAUGCUGUGUGCUCAACACGUGAUCGAGCAUCCGUCCGCCACUGUCUUGCACACCCACUGCACACCAUCAAUCCCUGACCCAUCCCCUGUCCUCCCCACCAUCCACCCCCUCUGCUCCACUUCUCCCUUCCACUUACCCUCACCUCAGGCGGGUGUAGACCUGCCAGGCCUGCGCACCGUGCGCCGAACCGAUCCUGUGCAAACCACCAGGCCUGGCACCAGCCGGGCCUGGGUUGCAGGCUUGGAGGGCGAAUCAGAGUCAGGAGUGUUUAACAGGGGAGCUUAUAAGGGGGACGAGGGAGAUGUGGUGAAGGCGAUUCUAGAGAUGGCUGAGAUGGAAGCCGUGGGGGCGGAGGUGGUGUGGGAUGAAGGGUCUCAGGAGGUGGGUUUGAAGGAGAAAGGGAAGGGGGAGGAGGAGGAGGAAAAGGGGGGAGUGGAUGGGGAAGGAGCAGCGGAAGGGGAGGGGAGUGUGAGGGAGGUGGCAGAGGAGGCGUUGAGGGAGUGGGAGGAGGUGAGGGAAGGCGUGGAGAGGGUGAUGGGCAAGUACCCUGUGAUGGUGUGCGGGUACUGCCCUGAGGUGCACGUGGGUGCGGCUGGGCACAAGAGCUCGCCCACCAGCCUUCUUGCACUCUACUCUCAUAUUCACCUCUAUCUGCCCUCUGCUGUUAUUCAGGUGCUCUGUUGUAGUUUCAGGUGCUCUAAGCGUGUGGCGUUAUUCAACUUCAGAACUUCACAAUUUACCUCACAUCCCGCUUCUUCUCACCCUCCCUGCUCUCAGGUGCGCCUGUGCAACGCCUCCAAGCAGCAGUGGCGCCAUGGGCAGCACGGGUGGCAGCCGGCAGCCCUCUCCGACCUGCUCCCCCCCGUGCCUGUCUACCACAUGCGCCACCCCUCCGGCCCCCCUCUGCUGCACGAGCUGAGACCGUUCUACGGCCGAGUGCCAGCGCUGCUGGAGCUCUGUGUGCAAGCUGGGGCGCCUCACACCUUCCUGGUGUGCCAAACCGGUCGUCCCUCCAGCUUCCAGCGGUAUCCCCUGCCACCACUGUAG